AUGAAUCAGAACACAUCUCACCAAUCAUCUCAUCAGCUUCAAGCUCAAACCACCUCCAUCAACAUCAACAACAAUCAACAACAACAAGUUCAAACCACCAACCAUCUUCAAGACAACACUACCAACCACAACAAUCAUGACCACCAUCAUUGUUCACCAAACACUACUGAAGCUGCUACUGAGACCAACUCCACUGAUGAUUCAACUAAAUCAUCUUCAAAUUCCAAUUACCCAUUUGGUUUCAUCAAGUCUUCUAAAGAUAUCCUUGCUGGUGUUUUAAAUACUUUAGUUGGGUUGAAUGUUUCUUGUUUUGAAAAGUUAAUUGAACCUUUUUUACUUGGUACUUUUCCCAAAUCACCAACUCAAAUCACAUUGUUGAAGUUUAAUCAUGAUGAUUACUUUACUGAACAUUCAACUGCUGAUGAUUCACAAAGUCCAGGUAAUUUUACUUUCAAUAAAGUUGGUGUUUUCUUUCCAUUUCAUUAUUGGUUCCAAAGAAGAAAAGUUGUUUUUGCUGAUUCGUUAGAAGUUGUGUUUGCUAGGAGGUUCACGCUUGGAUUUUAUUAUUUGAUAUGGAUCAUUCCGAUGACAUAUUAUUGGGAAUUAUUCCCCCCAAGUGCUUGGUUAGUUGCUGUUUUUCAUGUAUUCACUUUGAACAAUGAUGCUUUAUCUGGUGAAGCUGAUACAAAGUCAUCAUUGCAUAAAUAG